AUGAUCCCAAACCAAUGUUUGAAUGUGAUCAAAAGCUCGACCGAUACCACGUUGAGUUUCCAGCAAGGCUCUUACGACCUUUUCCUCGGUGAUCAUAUAGGAAUCACCGGACAUGAGAAAGCUACGGCCAGCUUACUCCGCGGCCAUCUCGGUCGGCUUUUGGAUAGGGUUUAUACAGUGGUGGACGAUGAGACCGCCCAGGCGAUGAAAACCCAGAUUGGAGAAUGUGCAGAGUGGACAAAAAUUGCGCUUUUACCUAUGGUAGUCAAGAUGACCAUCAUGGUCUCUCAGCGUGUUUUUUUCGGAGAGCCACUGUGCCGUGACGAGAGAUCGGCAGGCCCGGAAUAA